GACGACUCGAGGCUCAGAAAAACAGGUGACGCCAUAUUGUCAGUUUUCUACGACGGGGAGCGCUACCUUUUUAUUUGCAAAAAUGACAAAAUAGCUUGCUUUAUCGAGGGUAGACGCGAAAGAUGGCGCACACUGGGGCAACGGAAGACGCAUCCAUGGAGGAUUGCUCUGCCAAGCCGGGGUCAAGCGUGUCCCUGCGGAGUCGGCCGUGCUGCAGCGAGAGAGACAGCCGGGUGCGGGCUGUCAAAGCUGCUCUUCUGUCCAGGUUAGGGCCCUAUGAGCCCGUCCUGACCUACCUGCAGUCCGUCCUGGUGUGGGAGAGACGUGUCCAGUGUGUGCUGCUGUACAUUGUGGUCAACGUGGUGUUCUGGUUUUUUGCCCUGACUUCACUGCGCAUGCUGUUCUUACUGGCUUCAGGUCUGGCUCUGAUGGUCUGUGCUGAUACCUGGAGAAACAAGAUCUGGCCAGAGAUAAGAGUCAGAAAACUGGAUGAGUCAGAAAAUGAGAGCUGGGGUCUGGUGCAGCCCGGCAUCAUCAGCGUGCCUGAACUGUGCCACCACCUAGCUGAGGCCUGGGUCAGCAUAGUAGUUCUCACAACCAGUAUGAUACAAUACAAACGACUCAACCCUGGCAAGUUUUGCAUCAUGACCUGCGCAGUUUUCACCUGUUUGGCUGUGAUCGGACGCUACAUUCCUGGAUUGGUGCUCUCUUACUCUGCCGUUUUGGCUACCCUCCUGGCCCCUCUGGCAGCCUAUCACAGGCUUUUUCAGCAUGUGUGUGUGAAGCUGGAGCCGGUCCUGCAGCGGCUAGACUUUGGCAUUCACGGUUACAUGAUGUCAAAGCCGAUUGAUAAUCAGUUCCUCCGAAGGCGUAUACAUGGUGCAGCCUCAGGUGAAGCCAGUGACAGCGAGGAGGAGUUGGCUGCUUUCUGUCCAACGUUUGAUGAUGCAGUUGUCGCGAAGGAACUUGCACUGACCGACUCAGAGCACUCUGAUGCUGAAGUGUCCUACACUGAUAACGGAACAUUUAACCUAUCCCGAGGCCAGACCCCGCUUACAGAGGGCUCUGAGGAUCUUGACAGACACAGUGAUGGAGAGGAGUCCUUUGCUCAGGACCUUCCAGACUUCCCCUCCAUAAACCCUGAUGCCACUCUGAUGGAUGAUGAUGACGACACCAGCAUCGGGCUACCUAGUCUGAGUAUAUCCGGGCUCCGAAGUUACCGACCUUCAGUGCUGGAUGUAGAUGCUCAUCUGGACUCAGACCAGGAGGAUCUGGAUACAGAACUUUCGCUCAGCAGCAUCCCCGCUGCCUGUGAUUUCACUGGAGACUUGGCCGGAGUCAUUGCUAGCAACAUGAUCCAGGCAGCAAUCGCUGGGGCGAUGCAACCUCGGCCUAUGACUACCCAGCGCAGAGAAGGCCCUCCCAAAGCAGGGACCCACCGAAGCUAUCGCAAGCAAUCCAGCUCUGAGCUGGACACAGACUUGGACGGAGAGGACUUUGAAAUGCUGGAUCAGUCUGAACUGAACCAGAUGGAUCCCCUCGGAGGAGGAAGUGGGGGUGCUAGACGGGGAGAGAGUCAGGGGUCUAACUUCCUAUCUAGCCUGCUGGGUAAACCACAGUAAGGUGUGUGUAUGUGUGUGUGCUGGUGAGAAAGUGUGAGAGAGAAAGAGAGAGAGUGUGUGUGUAAGCCUGUGUGUAAUUUCAUGGGUCGUGUACAUGUGGAUGAACUGAGUGUGUGUUGUGAAGGAUGAUUUUAGGUUCCAGCAGCCCUGCUUUUGAUUGGCAUCAGUUUUAUCACUGUGAAGUACUUAAUUUUUUCUUAUCUUUUCGAGCUCUUUCUCAUGUACCUUUUUAAACCCAGGUCAUCCAGAAAUCAAAUACUUUGUAGGCUGAGCAAUAGAAACAUUCAACAACAACAUAAUAAACUAAAAAAAGAAAAGAUAAAUAACCAGCAUUAUUGAGCCUUGUUUCAGUCUUGUAAUUUUAUGCACCCAUAAGUUACAAGCAUAUUUUUUGGUGUCUAGAAAUGAAGAUCAACAGUGACCAUAAUCUCUUUUCUACCUGGAGGUCUAGACAUACAGGGCUAUUUAACAUGGGACCAAAUAUGACAUUCCUGUCGGUUGAGCUGAGCCAUGUUGCUUUAGUAAUAACAUUGUGGAACAGCAUUUUAUGUUUAAGCUUUAGUGAUUGGAAUAGUUGGAACAAACUCAUGUUGAAAGUUCCCUGCAAAUAUGUUCUAAGAUAUAUUAAAAAAAAAACCCUACCUUGGAUAAUAAUUUGUUUGUGAUAUGGUUUUUCCACCAUCCACUAUCUUUUUUUGUUUUGCAUCUGCUAUUUCUUUCUCAUUUAACAGCAGGACACAAGCUGUCUCCUACUUCACUGUAAAGUCCAUUCUCAGUGUUAGCUCAUAAAUCGAAUAAUUAAAGCAGGACUGGCUUCCAAACUAUCUGUAAUGUCACAAAUCGUGCUCAUAGGCCCGCCUCUUAAAAUUCGAUUUUCAGUUCACAAAGAUAAAGUUUUCGCUUUGAGCAGAUAAGUGUGAAAACCGCCUUCUAUUAGUGUCAAAACUCUGCAUCGUUCUGCACAGUGAAACGCAAACAUUCAACUGUAGGAGCAAAAGCAAAACAAUAUAUAUUUUUGAGUGGAGGUGGGGGGGCUUGUUAAAAUGUUUGAGUCCCCAUUUCUUUCCAAGCAACAGCAGUUCAUGUUGAGUGUAGUGCUCUGAUGGUCUUUAAGAAGAUUUAUUUGAUACAGGUUUACAGAGAUGGAUCUAUGUUUUUUUAGCGCUUGUCAGCAGUUGUAAGUUUUGACAGUAUUUAUCCUCUAAAAUGAAGAUUAUUUGGGCAAAAGCUUCAGUUAUGAUUUUAUUUACUUUCCCCCCUUUUUCCUCUGACUAACAUAUGGAAAUAUUCCCAUACAUUUUGGAUCGUAUUUUAUUUUCAAAGAACGUCUUAUUACAGUCUUAAAAUAUGUGACCCAGAGGAAUACUUGAUGUUAGGUUGUUUUGUGCAUUGUAUUCACAGAUGUGUUCCCCAGGGUGAGGUCAGCUUCUUUUUUUGCUGUGUGUUAAGUAUUUUUCAUAUUGCUGCCCUUUUUAAAUACAGCUCAGACAUAUUGUGUCCAUGUUUAAUACCUUGAAUGAGUCCUCAUUUGUGUGUUUUUUUUCUUUUCAAAAGUAUUAUUUAAACAAAAUGCAUUGUAUCUUUUGUCAUCUUUGUAUUACAUGUAGUUAAGUCAUGCAGAAUAUUUUUGAUAGAAAUGUUCUUCAAUCCAUGGAUCUUUUACUAUUUUACUAUUUUAAUGAGGAAACAUGUUUACAUCAAAAUUGGGUAUAGAAAGUUGUCCUUCUAUUAUUAUUAUUUUAAGUGUUAGUACGUAAAGUGGCUUCUUUUUCGCUGGUCAGCCUGAUUUCCCCUUUUUGAUUGUCAAACCAAGUCCUGUAUGUCAGCAUUUUUACCAUAAAAUUUGACUUGGUCAUCCAAUGAGCCACAGCUGAAAUUUUUUGAAAUGCAUAUAUCAAAGUCUGCUGGGUUUUAAUAGAAAAAAACAACAACAUAUUGCUCUUUCAUUGUGUUAUUUUUUUGAGAAGAAAAUCAUAGCUGCGAAAGAUGUAGCACAAUAGAAAAGAAAAAAAAACUGCUGGAUCCAAACUCGUGGAGGUGAAGUAGAAGUAAUUGUGCACUGAUAGGAAAAUUGUUAAAGGAGACGAGGAGAAGAAGUUAAUACUGGGUCGACCACCUCAGUUAAUAAGAAUGUCGCUCAUUGCAGCUCCAUGAAGAGUUCAGUUCCUCAGUAUGAGUGUGCAGUGUUGUUUGAUUAUGUAAUCUGCACAGUAGUGUAUUUUCUUCUCUGUAACUGGUUUUGAUAUGUUUUGAUGUGCAAAUCGCAUUGAAUAAAAAUGUUUG